ACACACUUGCGUUUCUAUUAAUUUUAAAACCUUGUUAAAUGGGGUAAAAUAAAACUAAAUUUUUCUACAAGAGAUGAUAGGGACCAUAUAACAAAACUUUCAAAGAGAGCCUUAUCAGUGAAUAUUCUGAUCAAAUGCCGUAGAUGAUUAAGUCAUCAGUCAACGAAUGAUACAACUCUUGUGUUCUCCAGAGCUUGCUAGUGUGGAUGACGGGGAUGGAUCUAGGUGAGGGCCGAAGGGGGUUGAAGUGCUCGCCAAGAUUUGCCGGAGAAGGACCCAAGGAGGAGUCCGUGACAUGAGAAGUUCGGCCUCUGAUAGUCAAAGAGGAGGUCAAUGGAGAGUGGUGGAGACCAGACGGUGGCUCUUUUAGAUCUCUCAGGUGGCGAUCGGGACGAGGAGGAUCAGGAGGUCAUCGGACUGGCCAAGUGGAGUUGGAUCGAGUCGAAGAAGCUGUGGCAGAUCGUCGGCCUGGCCAUCUUCAGCAAGGUCUCCCUUUACAGCAUAAACAUCAUAAUGCAUGCCUUCGUUGGCCACCUCGGCGACCUCGAGCUCGCCUCUCCAUCUCCUUCGUUGGCCACCUCGGCGACCUCGAGCUCACCUCCAUCUCCAUCGCCGCAAGGAAUUUUGGCGACAGAAGCGCAAGCAGAAGAAGCUCUUCGUUCGUUGCACUUGCCACCGCCUGUUCAUCAUCCGUCGUUCGCGGUUUGUCAUCCGCUGUCCGUCAGUUCGUCGCCCGCCAACUGCAGCAUCCACCCACUAGGUCCGCCGCCUCCUUCUCUCGUUUUUUCCUCUACUUUUGUUUUUUUCUUGUGUUGAUUAAUUGAUUAGUCAUUGGAUUGCGUGUGACUUUGUUCUCUUGAUCUCUUCUAUUUUAAAUUAUUCUAUUGACUAUCAACUACCAAGUACCAAGUAUGAAAAUCAAUAUUAUUCAAUGCUAUUCGAGAUAAAUAGUAAAUUCAUUG